AUGGUAAGCAAGACUAAUGAUGAAGAAAGUAGAAAGACUAACCAAACAAUAUUGGGUUUUAUCCACAUGCUUGGCUUGUUUGUCUCAACACUCUCAAGAUCCAACAUUUUCCUCUUCCUUCCCUUGGUCAUCAUGAUGAAAGCUGUUGGUAUUUCUGCAAGUGAUGUUCACUAUCUCAAGUCUUGA